UGCUAGGGGCGGGACCUAGCGCCUCUGGGACCAGGCAAUGGCUGCAUUGUGCACAAGCCCCGGGAUGAAGCGCUGUAUGCAACUAGCAGUGGUGGGCUUUAGCGAGGCCGCUGAUGCCCAGCCUCACUACUCAGUGCAGGAGGAGAAACCCGAGGACAAAAUGCACUCGAUCUAAACUGCAAGGCUGCCCAGGACCCACAUAUGCAACUGUAUGCGGGAUGUUCCAUUCACCAGUGUCUGGGGAAAUGCUGAGGACUUGGCAACUUCAUGAUGGCUUGAGACCUGAGCUCUAGUUCUGUCACCGUCUGGCCUGGUGAUUUACUUUAAUCACACGGCAGGUUUGCCACUCCCCUCCCGAUGAGUUGUGCUGUGUGGACCAUGCAAUGAAUGGUACUUUAAUCGAGAGAGCCGUGUGUCAUGAAAAUCAAUGUCUCGCUACUCCUGUUUACUGCAUUCAGCCACACUCUGCACAUUUCAGCGAUGGCGGGUACCAUGCAUUCGCUGACGAAUGCUUUUAAGCCACCUUCAUCGACGUUCCAUGUGAAUGGAAGAAUAGAAAAGAGGUUGCAAGAACUUGCAAAGCCGAGUUCACUCCAUUUCCCGGAGCAGAACAAACUUCUUGGUCUUCGGACCAGGGAACAGCAGUGUGCGCCCCUCGCUGGCCUUGACACUGAUCACAAGUGUUUGGAAGGUCGUUGCUGCCUACAGUAUGGGCCGACAGCAGAUUCACCGGGUUUAAACUUGUAUGACACUACACACUCAAAUCCAGAGUUAGGGAUUUCAUCACAGGAGCAUCUGAACCAUCCUCUAUCUUCAGCAGCCUCAGGCAGCACUUGGAGCCAGUCAUUGCUGUUCUCACUUUUGACAUGGAGCAAACCAUUUCAAUCCCCAAGGAAAAGGGAAGUACCACAGAACCUAUUGAAGUACAAUGAAAACACAAUCAAGGCAACAGGAUCUUCAGCAUUCAACGUGACUUUUCAGAAAUGCGCAGAGGUGAAUGGAAAAACAUUGAAUGUAAGACUGAUGAUAACCAAUUUGGAUGUACAGAUGACAUUUAAUGUUUCGCAGCUGACUAUCCAGGACACCAUUAGUGUUCUGAGCAUUCUGAGUAACGUUGGAAAUGAAACUGAAAUGGGAAUCCAGACAUACACCAAAGAAUCUCUCCAAGGUGAACACUACAUAAUAAAUUAUACUGCAGUCUUAAAGGCUGGUGAGCCCGAGGAUGAGAAGAAUAUUUCAUUACCGGCUUACCUCACCAUUGGCAGUCGAACCCAGGGUAAUCAAAUACUGAUUGGACCCAUUCGGGCAGAUUUUAUACUGAUGGUAAAAGCAGCGACUCAGGUUUCUCCAAAUCACGGCGUACACUUUGCUGGAUUUAUUGUGGCAUUCAUUGUUUCUUUGGCCUUGGUGUGUUUAAUUCUCAUCACCACCUUCCAUAUCGGAAGGGUAACUGGCAGGAACCCAUGUCUCCAGCGGGUAAAGAGAAAGCAGUCAAAUGAAAGUUCCUCAGUAUCCGAUGAUGGAGCAAAGAGCUUACAGGAAUAUAUCCGACUUCAGGACAGAGUGAUUGACAUUUUGCUGCUUGAAGACCCACAGAACAUGACUCGUGCAUUGAAUGACUUGCAUGUACUGAAUACAAUACAAAUGGAUACAGAUUUGGAAUAUCAUCGCAAAAAACUGAACCUGGAUGCAAUUCUGUUGUUGCUCAGGAGUUUCAAGCACAACAAAGACCUUUCACCCCUUUUAGAGGAAAGGUUCAAAAUUAUUUUCAGAGAACAGUUUGAAGAGACGGAGAACAGGCUGAGCAUGGAGCAUGAAGAGAUGUUAGCCAUAUUAGCAGCUCAAAGUAACCAAGACACCAGGCAUAAGAUGGAAGCACUCUAUAAGAAGCAGCAACAAGAGGACAGAGAAGUCGAGCUCCUCGUGCAGAAUGUAGAUGACGAGGUUGCUGCGCAGUGGAAUAAGGAUCUGGAACAAUUGCACACUUUUGAACAGGAUCAGUUAAAGUGCUCGCAAUUGGUGACACACGAAGAAGCUUCUGGAAAUGCCCAAAGGGAGAUGGUGGUUCGCCUGAGGCAGGUGUUACAGAGAAGUGUCUGUGACCAGCUGAAGGAAGUUAUCAGAAUGGAGGAAUUAGAUGCAACUUCGGGCAGGCAACUUCUGCAAGAAAGCUGGCACAUUCAGUUUCAGCUGGACAUGCUAAUGGACCAACAGCUGGCAUUCCAGAGAAAAAUACUCGAGGAGAAUUUUUUUAUUAAGAGAAAUCUAGUGAAAAGAAUACAUCAUGGUGUUGACCACAGAAAACAUCUCCUGAACACAGCUGCCCUGCACAUUGCAGACCUCAUCAGACUGGUUAAAAAUGCUGGUUAUUUGACAGAAGAUCAAGUGGAGUCACUGUUGGAGAUGGUGCACCAGGAAAUUCUGCGUGUGAAGCUCGGAUUAGAUGAUGUCAUGGAUCAAGAAAAGAUACUCAUUCACUGCAAGCUCAUCAGUGAGAGAAGGAAGCAUAUUAUCAAGACAGUUGGUGAGCAUGAAUGUCAAGAAAAUGAACUGUCAUCUCUUCUCAAUACCUCUGGAGAAAGACGAUCCUGCCAUAACAAAUACCUCCUGGAUUGGCAUGACCUAUUAAAGAAUCAAGCUGCAGAACUCAAAGAACUGGUGGAGCAAUUGGAUAAGGAUGCAUUAGACCGACUGGAACUGCUCGGAGAGCAACUUGCCAAAGACGCCUCACUGAAAAUUAAAAAGAUUGACACUAAGCUUGGCCAGGAGUUGCUCAACCUUGGGGUCCCGAAGGAUUAUUUAAAACAAGUGGCAGAGAGCCAGGAGAAGGAAGCAAAUCUUCUGCACAAAAAGAAAAUGAGACAAGAUGAAAAUGAAAAUCAUAAAGCUAAUGAAUUACUGGAACAAUUUCGGCAGGAAUUGUCCAAUCAGCUUCAGUCAGAGAUAGAAGAACAGAAAUUCUUACGGCAUCAGACAUAUUUGCUCUUGCAAAACAUGAUGAAGAGCGUGCUAGUGCUAUCAGAGGAGGAAGUGCAACAAGUGAUGCAGAGCUUUCUUGACGUUUUCUGUCAAAUGGAUAAAAGCCUGGCUCUACCUAAACUGCGGGAGAGGUCCAUUCUACAAGCCAACAUGACAGACUGGAGGAAAGCAAAGAUGGAAAAGCUUGAGCUACGGUGGAGAAAACAAGAUAAAGUAAACGGCAAAGAACGUGGACAUAGUGACCAGAACACACUGGUGACGUUACAAGAGCAUACAAGACAGAAAAUUAAAUUGUACACUGGAGAAACCGAGAGAGCUGAUGAAGAAAUGAGUAAGGUAAGGCUUCAGAAAGAUAGAUUCCAUCAAUGUAAUGACAAUGUGGAAGCAAUCUGCUGGACACAUGCUAUCGCUGGCAAUCUCUGUUCAAUUGCGUCACACACGGCCUUGCUGGGACAUAAUUCAAUGUUAAACCUGCAGGCUAUGAAACACAGAUGUCCUGAUUCCAGCCAUUCGGAUGUUGCCAAUUGUAGUUUAUCUUUCUGUCAAAUCCAAUUACAAAAUAUAAGAAGAAUAAAAAAUCUCCAAGAUCAGGAGUUGAAACUGGCUGCUUAUCUUAUACAGCAACUGGACAUGCCAGUGCACAUACUUCAAGCUCUGCUCAAACUGCUUCUUCCCAAUAUCAUCCAGGAAGAAUUAAAUCCAUUUGUACACAGGAUUUAUCCCAAACAAAAUGUCAGCAAUGGGAUGAACAAGGACACCGUGGAUAAGGAGAGAAAGAGGAAACUUUGGAAGUCAUUGGAGCUAAAGCUGAGGAACAAGCUCAUUGGUGAAAAUCUGGGGAAUGUUAAUAUUCCCUGUAGCAGGAAAGGAAGUAUAUUGAAGAAGAAACGUCUACAGCUCUUGAAACAGGUAUCUUUUUCUCAAAGCCACGGUUCCUCUGAAUUCCUUCCUGACCACCAUCCUGAACUAAUUAAUGAAGGAGCAGGACAGAUGCUGAAGUUGGCAGAUACAGGAGAGAAAGUCUUUGUGUUCCGGAACAAGGAGGGCGAGACAUGCUCCAAGUACAUUCCACCAAAAAAGAAAAAACGCAACUUCCUCAAUUUAAAAAGAUCAGCUGUCGGAAACUGGGAUGAACAUUAAAUUACCUAAUUCAAGGUUUUCAUUAGUUUGAAAUCUUCAGUUUGAAUCAUAAACAUUUAACCUCUAUGGUACUGAUGCAAGGUUUAAAGUGAGUGGUUGAACAGCAUUGUCGUUCUAUUUGCCUCAUCUUUUUUGGAAUAUAGAUAUAGCCAAUUUAGAUCAACUUUUGGGAACUUUCCUCCCACUUCUUUCUCAAACACCUCUCAAUGGCCAUUAAAUCCCUGUUUGUGGCCAGAUUUAGUUGUGUUAUUCUUUCUAAAAAAUCCAGUGAUAAUGUUUCUUAAUUUUCCUCUUUACUGGGCUCACUAAAACCAAAUUUUAAUUGGAAUAAACCAUUAUUUUUGUUCUGAU